CUGCGGGAAGAAUCGUCCUUUACGUUCUCGGCACCCGUACUUCGCGUUGUGUCAAGCGAAGUACAAACUUUUAUAUCCAUUGUGAUAUAAAGGAUCCAUUAGAUUUUCACUUAAGACAAUGGUCCAAAAAAAGCCGAAGAAGAAGGUAGGGAAGAAGGUGGCAGCUGCCCCACUGGCAGUGAAGAAAGUUGAACCCAAGAAACAGACCAAUCCUCUGUUUGAGAAACGGACUCGCAAUUUUGGAAUUGGACAGGAUAUUCAACCUGCACGUGACCUUAGUCGCUUUGUGAAAUGGCCCAAAUACAUUCGUAUCCAGAGGCAAAAGGCUGUGCUGCAAAAGAGAUUAAAAGUACCACCACCAAUCAACCAGUUUACACAAACAUUGGAUAAACAAACAGCCACACAGUUGUUUAAAAUGAUGGAGAAGUACAGGCCUGAAUCAUCAGCAAUGAAGAAAAUGAGGUUGAAGGCUAGAGCUGAACAAAAAAUUGCCAAGAAGGAAGAUGUACCAACCAAGAAACCCAAUGUAGUACAUAGUGGAACAAACAAAGUAACUUCCCUUGUUGAACAGAAGAGAGCUCAGCUUGUAGUGAUUGCACACGAUGUGGAUCCAAUUGAGCUUGUUCUUUUCCUGCCAGCACUUUGCCGUAAAAUGGGUGUACCUUACUGUAUUGUUAAAGGAAAAGCACGUUUGGGGCGUCUGGUUAGGCGUAAAACUUGUAGUACAGUAGCUCUGACUCAGUUACAGAUCGAUUCCGGUGACAGAGCCAACUUUGCAAAACUGGUUGAAGCUAUCAAGACAAAUUUCAAUGACAGAUAUGAUGAAAUCAGACGUCACUGGGGUGGUGGUCUUUUGGGUAGCAAAUCUGCUGCCAGGAUAGCUAAGUUAGAAAAAGCUAAGGCGAAAGAACUUGCGCAAAAACAGGGUUAACAUCAUCGUGUUAAUCGGGUAUUGUUUACAAUGUACAACAAUAAACUAUAAAAGUCGAA